AUGACGAAAGCCAGCAAAAAAUAUCAUGAAUUUAAAGCAAUAGAACUUAAACUCACAGAGGAGUCGAUAUCACCACACACUAUAUAUAUAAAAGAGCAUUCAGUUCGAGAACAUACGCCAGACAAACCAUCCGGGCGUACUCUUUUCAUUAUCAACGUGCCACCAUACGCUGAUGAAAAUGGUCUUAGCAAUGCGUUCCUUGAAGCCGGUGCCGUACAAUGUGUGCAAUUCUGUAUCAAACCUAAUGCAACUGUUAUGGAACCUGUAAAGAAAUUUUUAUCAGAAACUGUAAAUCCGACUUUUAGAAUUGCCUACCUAGUCUUCAAAAAGGUUGCAUAUCUAGAUAAGGCUUUAAAACUGACAAAAUUAAAACCGAUGUACUCUGUAAUUCAGGAGGUAAAAAUUGGUUUAGACAAAUGGAUAGAACAGCACAAUAAUUCAAUACAGUUACCUAAAACCUUGAAAGAAAGCAUUGAAGUGUUUAUGAAGUCUUAUGAUGAAGAAAUUAAGAAAGCAGAGGAAAAAGAGAAACAAUUAGAACAAGAAGAUGAUGAAGGUUGGGUAACAGUUACAAAACGUGGCAAAGUGCAGAGUUUUGCUCGCACAGAAAAAGUUGAGAGUAAAAUUAUGGCUAAAGAGGAGAAAAAUAAGAAAAGGAAAGAGUUGAAAAACUUCUAUACUUUUCAGAUAAGAGAAUCAAAAAUGAAACACAUUGUUGCGCUUAGACAAAAAUUUGAAGAAGAUAAAAGGAAAAUAGCUCAAAUUAAACAGAGUCGUAGAUUUAAACCUUUUUAA